AUGUGUGAGCUUGCAGCCGACUAUUAUGAGAACUUAUUUCAAGAGCCUGAAGUAAUUCAUCCUCAUCCAUACACAGACAGUCCCCCUGCACCUGACUGGGACAACGAGGAUGAAAUGAUACCUUUGAGCAAUUUUAACGAGUUAGUAGAAAUCAUUCACUCAUGCAAGAAAAAGAAAUCUCUUGACCCGAAUGGCCUCUCGAGUCACAUGUUUCGCUUUCUUCCCUCAAUGUAUUGGUCACUGUUGCUUAAAAUCUUCAACAAUUCUUUCUCGAACAGUUCUUUUCCCUCGAAAUGGAAAGACUCUCGUGUUCUAUUACUCGCUAAAAAAGAUCACAUAUGUAGUCCAGAUGCGACACGCCCAAUUUCACUCAUCGACUGUUUUCUCAAAGUGAAUGAAAAGAUCUUCCUUACAAGAUUUAAUGAUGUCCUUACUAGACGUGGUCUUCUUCCGGACUCUCAAUCAGGUUUUCGUUCACAAUUUCGCUUGCAAACGAGAGUUCUGCUCUUUUUCGACCAAAUACUCAGCCUAAUGUCAAACGGAUGUCCAGUCACAUCUGUUUUUGUCGAUUUCAAGAGUGCAUUCGACGCUCUAUGGUACGAUGGCUGUAUAGGCAAAUUGAAAAAGCUAGGCAUCCCAAAAAACUACCGGGAAUGGAUUAACACUUGGCUAAGAAACAGACGCGCAUUUGUUGAAAUUGGUGGUAAACGUUCAAGGUGGUUUCACAUAUUUAGAGGGGGCCCGCAAGGGUCCUGCUUUACGCCGACCCUUUUCAUCUGUUAUCACUCCGAUAUGAGUGAGUAUCUAAGUUCUUGCUUAAGCUUUAUGUUCGCUGAUGACCUCGCCGCCGUUCUGGCCGGCUCCAUUGGAAUGAAAUAUUCAAACCAAUGUCUAGAUCUUGAAAAGAAACUCAAACUUUUCUUUGAUGAUCUCGAAUUUUACUCUAUCUUGUCGGUUCAACCACUGAAUUACAACAAGACUCAGGCGAUUUUUUCAGCGAGAGCCGUUGGUAAUCCAAAAUUCAACUUGAGUUGCGGUGAACAUCCAAUUAUCUGGGUAAAGCAGUUUAAGUAUCUGGGGUACGUCGUUACACCCAAAAUCGGAUUCGGUCCUCUGAUUGAAAAAUGUACACUCAAGAUCAGACAGAGAGUUGCGCUUAUCAACUCAUUUCGAUUGUUUGGUCGAUCGUCAUCUAAGCUACGUCGUACUCUUUUCUUCGCAUAUGUCUAUCCGUUGUUCGUUUCGCUAUUUCCUGUUUAUCCAUUGUUCACUCCGAAUCAGCAACAAGACUUAAACCAUUUCUACUUCGUCUGCCUUAGAAGGAUCUAUCACUGUCUGCAUUUCAGCAACGAAUUCGUAUCCUAUGCGCUAAACGAAAAGUCACUCGAGGAUCGUUGUAGGACUUACUGGGAAAAAUAUUUUAUCGCACUCUCGAGUACAACUGAUGGCAGGCUCAUCUUUGAACAAGCUAACCUAAAUUUUUUUCGAGAGUCGUGGUUAGGCAGAUAUUAUCCCGUUAAGGGGGUUCAUAGAACCAAGCGAUUCAGUAGUCAUACUAGCUUACUCGAAAAAUGUGCUGCGUGGUGUGCGAGCAUACCGGAGAAUGACUCUGUUAUCGAAUAUGACAUAGACGAGGUGUGGACUCUUGCUGCUUUUCCUGAAACCUUCUGA